AUGGAGGAAGAGGAAGACGACGAAGACGAAGAGGAGGAGGAAGAGGAGGAGGAAGAGGAAGAAGAGGACGACGAAGAGGAGGAGGAGGAGGAGGAGGAGGAGGAGGAGGUGAAGGAAGAUGAUGAAGUAGUCGCAACGUAUGAGGGUGACUGGGAAAAUGGUUUGAAACACGGAAAAGGUAAAUUAAGGAUCGGAAAUACAGUCUACGAUGGAGAGUUCAAAUCCGGAGUGAUAGACGGCAAAGGAAAAAUGGAAUGGACUAAGGACGGUAAAACGAUAGAAGUAUACACUGGUGAAUGGAAAAUGGGAUUGCAACAUGGUCGGGGAGUUCAUAUAUGGUACUCGCCUGGUGCUGCUGGUCGACACGUUAUGAUGAUGAUGAACCGCUACGAUGGAGAGUGGAGAGAUGGAAAGAGGCAAGGGCGUGGUACGUUCUACUAUGGUGAUGGAUCUAUUUACACUGGGGGAUGGGAUAAUAAUAAAAAGCAUGGUGACGGAGUUAUGCAAGAUAAAGAUGGACACAUAUAUCGAUGUAAGUUGAAGACCUGUGA